AUGCCUAACAAAACCAUGCAUUCAGAUUCACUCAGAUCCAACAGCUAAGUAUGAUUAGAUCCUCAAGGGCGGUCAAUCCAAAAAAAUGAAAUCUGGACUUGUGAGAACCGAGCGUGUUUGCCAACCGAAUUCACUGAAUCACAGAUCUGAAAGUAUGAGGCUCAACCAAUUUGUCUUUUUAGGUUUGUCACUGCCCGAGCUGGAUCAUAACCAAGGUUGAAUUCAGACAAAUGCUCCGACAGGAUCUGAUCCUGUAUCUUGGAGCUUCCUCUCAUGCUUUUGUUCUCUACUGCCUGAUGAACUGUUGUCCUCUUCCUGCAGAUAGGAAAAUUCCCAGAUGCUCACAUGGAUGAAGAUAACCCUCUGUCUUGCUUUAUUUGCUGUUUCUUUCUUGUUGUGUCUCUUUCAGAAUCCAAGUGGGAGAGCAGCAAUCGGUGGAGGGGAAUGGUGUGAGGAAGCUACUAAUUCCUAUAUUCUUCAAACCACCUUCAUUAGAGACUAACUUACAUUAUUAUAACCAGAGUUAGAGUUGAUUAGGCACAUAGCUAUAGAUGAAUCAUUCCUCCAAACUGCACAGCAGAGUUUAUCCUAAGAUUUCCUUUUAAUGAGACACUGUUCCUUUUAAUGACUUGGUUGACUUUGCUUUACUUGGUGGUCAAGUUGCCAUCUCUUGUUCAACUGCAAGUGUGUCCAACUCCUCAUUGUGGCAGGCAUAAGGUAUUAAGAACAUGCUGAAAGCAGUGCAGGUAAAAGAGUCAAUGCAUGCAUCAUGUUCUUCCGUGACAAGAAUGUUCUCAGAUGCAGCUUGAAUCGCAUGGCGUGCUAUGUUCUUUUGUAUUGGCUAAACUUUGCAAGACAAAAUGCAAGUAGACAUGUUCUUAGCUUUGACGGUGGAAUCGGUCCUCCUCGAUUGUCGAGGCUAACAGAGACCGAUUCCUCAGCCUUCAGCAACACAUGGUAGAUGAACAGAGCAGGACCGGUGAGAUCUGGCUACAGGUUCUGCGGCUAAGCUCACCUACGGUUCUCUCCGUUUUCUGGUGAUCUAAGAGGGGUUGACUUUUGAGGCAGAGGUUGAAUGCAUGGUUUCAGCGAGUCAGAGAUAAUAAAAGCUGCUUGAGUGGUCGAAGGUCGAAGAUGGUGAAGAUCUGCUGCGUCGGAGCGGGCUACGUCGGCGGCCCCACCAUGGCAGUCAUCGCCCUGAAGUGCCCGGCCGUCGAGGUGGUGGUCGUCGACAUCUCCGUCGCCCGCAUCACCGCGUGGAACAGCGAGCAGCUCCCCAUCUACGAGCCCGGCCUCGACGACGUGGUGAAGCAGUGCCGGGGGCGGAACCUGUUCUUCAGUACCGACAUCGAGAAGCACAUCGCCCGGGCGGACAUCAUCUUCGUCUCCGUCAACACGCCGACGAAGACCCGCGGCCUCGGCGCCGGCAAGGCCGCCGACCUCACCUACUGGGAGAACGCGGCCCGCAUGAUCGCCGACGUCGCCAAGGCCGACAAGAUCGUGGUCGAGAAGUCCACCGUCCCCGUCAAGACCGCUGAGGCGAUCGAGAAGAUCUUGAUCCACAACAGCCGGGGCGUCAACUUCCAGAUCCUGUCCAACCCGGAGUUCCUCGCGGAGGGCACGGCCAUCAAGGACCUGUUCAACCCCGACCGGGUACUCAUCGGCGGCCGGGAGACCCCCGAGGGGAAGAAGGCGGUGCAGGCGCUGAAGCAGGUCUACGCCAACUGGGUUCCCGAGGACAGGAUCAUCACCACCAACCUGUGGUCCGCGGAGCUCUCCAAGCUCGCCGCCAACGCGUUCCUGGCGCAGAGGAUCUCGUCGGUGAACGCGAUCUCGGCGCUCUGCGAGGCCACCGGGGCGGACGUGGCCGAGGUGGCCUACGCCAUCGGGAAGGACACCAGGGUCGGGCCCAGGUUCUUGAGCGCCAGCGUCGGGUUCGGCGGCUCCUGCUUCCAGAAGGACAUCCUCAACCUCGUGUACAUCUGCGAGUGUCAUGGCCUCCCGGAGGUGGCCAACUACUGGAAGGACGUGAUCAAGAUCAACGACUACCAAAAGAGCCGCUUCGUCAACCGGGUCGUCUCCUCCAUGUUCAACACCGUGUCGGAGAAGAAGAUCGCGGUGCUGGGGUUCGCCUUCAAGAAGGACACGGGCGACACCAGGGAGACGCCCGCCAUCGACGUCUGCAAGGGGCUGCUGGGCGACAAGGCCAAGGUCUGCAUCUACGACCCGCAAGUGACGGAGGAGCAGAUCCAGCGCGACCUGGCGCUCAACAAGUUCGACUGGGACCACCCCGUCCACCUCCAGCCGAUGAGCGCCACGGAGGUGAAGCCGGUGGCGGUCACCAGGGACGCUUACGAGGCCACCAAGGGGGCGCACGGCGUCUGCAUCCUCACCGAGUGGGACGAGUUCAAGAAGCUAGACUACGUCAGGAUCUACGAGAGCAUGCAGAAGCCGGCGUUCAUGUUCGACGGACGCAACGUGGUGGAUCCACAGAAGAUGAGGGAGAUCGGCUUCAUCGUCUACUCCAUCGGCAAGCCGCUGGAUUCAUGGCUCGUUGACAGACCUGCCGUAGUCUAAUUCUGAGCUUUUCCCACAGCAGUAUUCCACCCUUCCUUCUUCCAUCCAUCCAUCUCAUCUAUUUACUUCGUCCACUUACCAAUUAUUGUCACCUCAAUCUUCUUGCAAAGACCAAAAUCCAUCGCUAGUCUUUUACUACUCAA